AUGUCAUCUCAAGAUUAUUCAUCAGAUGAAGAAGAUUUAUUCGAUGAAUCUAAGAAAUCUCAAGUAUUAUUAGGAUUCAUAGAUACUCCAAUUGAUAAUGAAGAAAUUCCAACCAUCGAAGAUACUUUUGUUGGAUCACAACCAAUUUGGCUACAUGAAAAUUCAAAGCCCAAGGAAAAAUUAAUAACUUGUAAUAAUUGUAAUUCAAAAAUGGCAUUGUAUUUACAAGCAUUUGCUCCAAUUGAUGGUAAAUUAUAUGACAGAGUAAUAUAUGUUUUAGGUUGUAAAAAUUCAAACACUUGUUCAAAGAAAAAGGGAAGUAUAAAAGCAAUUAGAGGUAUAAUUGAAGAUCAAGAAACAGUGGAUAAAAUAAAGAAUGAAGAGAAAGCAAGAUUGGAUGAGAAAUUGAAAUUGGAAGAGAAGAAGAAAUUAAAUGAUGAGUUGGUGAAAAACUUGUUUAAAGAAGAUGAAGCAGCUAAGAAUCCAUUUGGUGGUGAUCCAUUCGGUAAUAAUCCAUUUGGAGGUAGUCCAUUUGACGAGAAAGAAGAACCAAAGCAAGAACAAAAAGAAUCUAAAUCAUAUGCUGAUAUAGCUUCAAAAAAUAUUCCUAAGUCAAAACCAGCAAAAAAAUUGCAUGAUGAAUUGCCUGAAUAUACUGGAAAUUUCCUAUAUGUAGAUAAUGAAAAGUUCAAAACACAGGCAAACGAUGCAGAAUUAGAGAAAUAUAAACAUUUAAUAGACAAUCAAUCAGAUAAAGAAGAUGAUGAUGAAAAAGGUAAUUCUUCAUCAAGUGUAUUAAAUCCACAAACUUCAAAAAUUUCAAACAUGCUAGAUGAUAAAUAUUUCGAAGCAUUUUCAAACACUGUAAAACAUAAUCCUGGACAAGUUUUGAGGUAUGAUCUCGGUGGUAAGCCAUUAUUAUAUAAUGGAAAUGAUGAAAUUGCUAAAAAAUUUCAGUCACACCCUUUUAAUAUACCUAAACCAGCUUUUAAUCCAUCUUCAGAAAGACAAUUUGAAUUACAAUUGAUGCCUAAAUUAAUCAUAAACCUUGAAAAUUUAAAUGAUAAAAAUGUUGAAAUUAAAGAUAUUUUAAAUGGUAUGUCUUGGGGUACAAUUAUUGUAUGUACUGAUAAAGAAGAUUAUGUACCUGAUGAAGAAUUUGAUGAGAAUAAUGUUGCUUAUAUAGAAGAAUGGUGUGGUGUUCAAUGGGAAGAAAGUGUAUAA